CGGCCACAGGAGCUGUGAUGGAAAAUUACCCUGUGACCAAAAAGACAGAGUUAGACGUGACUCUUCAGCAGCCCAGGGAAGGAUGGCCAGCGCGGUCGGCUGAACAGAGGAACUGUGUGCUCCUUCUGGGAUGGAGAACUCCCAAGCCCCUGUCGGCAGACGCACAGCCAGCACCUGUGGUUGGAGAGGUGUCUUUCUGCCUCAGCUGAACAGGCAAUCUCUAUCUGUGUACGGUAGCGAGAUAGCUGUGGAGAAGGAAUGUAUACGCCAGCUGCAGAGUGGAGUCUGGGUCAUCCACCCAUUCAGCCCCAUAAGGAGUUACUACAUCAUGUGUAUGGUUGCCAUCACAUUCCUGAAUUUGAUUGGGAUCCCCAUGGAGAUAGCUUUCUUAGACGGGUACAGUGGAGUGGGCUGGGAAGGUUUCAAUGUCUUCUCAGACACUUUGUUUCUGAUGGAUGUGGCUCUGAAUUUUCGAAUGGGUAUCAUCUCUGAGGACAGUGAGGUGGCUAUCCUGGAUAUCAAAAAGAUCAGUGUGAUUUACCUAAAGAGUUGGUUCAUACCAGAUGUGAUUGCAGCAUUCCCAAUUGGCUACAUAUUAUUAAUUGCGGAGUUACAAUCCCACAGUGACACCUCCACCUCGGGUUCCAAAGCCAGUAGAAUGGUCCGGAUUCUCAUGUUUGUCCGAAUCAUCAGCCUCGUCAGGCUCCUCAGAGUCUCCAGGCUUGUCCGCUUCUUCAAUGAAGUUGAGAAGGUUUCAAAUGCCAACUUGGAGUAUGUUCAGCUGUUCUUCCGCAUACUGUCUUUGUUUAUGAUGAUGUUCCUGCUGUGCCACUGGAACGGCUGUAUCCAGUACUUUGUCCCGAUGCUGGAGGAGUUCCCAUCAGACUGCUGGGUCAGACGAGAGAAACUGAUGAAUGCCACGGUUGGUGAGAAGUAUUCCUUUGGAGUGUUUCGGGCUCUCUCUCAUAUGAUUCAAAUAUCCUAUGGCUCCACAGAGUCACCAACAAAUGAGGUGGAACUGUGGGUGGUCAUGACCAGUAUGCUGUCUGGGGCUCUAAUGUACACUGUACUGGUGGCCAACGCUGCUGCCAUAAUAACCAACGUAGACCAAGCAGCAAAGGCCUACAAGAACAAGAUGAAUCAUCUAGACGACUACAUGACUUUCUUGAAGCUUCCUAAUGACCUUCGGCUUCGCAUCAACAAGUACUACGGGGCCCGCUAUGGGGGGAGAUGGUUUGACGAGAAGAACUUUCUAAUUUCAGUCUCCUCAGCUUUGAGAGAGGAGAUUCUGACGGUGAUGUGUUCGAGCCUGCUGAACAACGUACCCAUGUUCCAGAACCGAGAUGUCAACUUCCUGAACACCGUCCUCCUCCAGUUUCAGCACGAGGUCUUCCAGGAGGAUGAUGUCAUCUUCCAGCAGAACGCACCCGGCGACCGCAUGUUCUUCAUCGAGCACGGCCAGGUCCUGGUGGAGACAGACUCCUUCCCGCAGGAGCUGGCUGACGGCGACUACUUUGGAGAGACCUGCCUCAUGACCAAAGGAAAGCGCUUGGCCACGGUGCGAGCUCUGACCACGUGCCAGCUCUUCUCCCUGUCCUCAGACCGCUUCCAGAGGGUUCUACAGAGCUUCCCUGACAUAAGGAGGGACAUGGAAAAGUUUGCACAACAGGACAAGGAAGAUGUGAUACAUCUCUAGUGCAGUAGUAGGAGGCUUGGGGGAAGUUACACUUCAUCUCCAUCUUGCCCGGCACCACAUGGACGGCCACCGCUGAGCCCAGCCCCUCCUGCAGCUUCUUCAGCAUGCGAGAGGCCAGGUAGCGUCGGGCCUUCCCUGGGUCCUCUUCGAUGGCGGCGUACACCUCUGGAGGUGGGUUGGGGAUCUUCCACUCCAGGUCCACGAUCAGCUGGUGGAUGUGGCUCUUGUUCAGCGAUGUGGGCGUGUCACGGUAGCAGGCCACCACAUGAGGGCAUGGUGCCUCAGAUGACACGGACAAGAAGUGGUUGGGCUGUAGUGUGUUCCCCCGGCCCUCCCCCCCAUCCUCCUCCAAGGGCCCCAUGGCAGGGUGCACCAUGACGGCCCAGCGCAGCCAGUCGUAGUUCUUCUCCAGUGUCUUUAGGAUGCCGGCUGCCGCCUCCUCGGGGGCUGAACGGCUUUGCAUGGCCUCCUGCAGCUGCUGACGCACGUCCUCCUCCGCCUGCUGUAGGAAGUAGCCCGAACAGCGACCCCCAGUGGUCUUCAUCUUCCUGUAGAGGGCACCCAUGCGCUCAGACCAGGUCUUCAUCAGCAGGGCCUGAUCUCGGCCCGUAAGGAAGGCCUGGGUGAAGAGGCACAGCAGACCCGUGCCUAGAACAAAAUUCACCUGCAAGAGGAAGGAAGAGAGGCUGAUAUAACAAAACCCAAGUUCUAUGCUAUGACUAUGUGACUCAUGUUCAGGAGAUUAAAUAAUAGUAGUGUUGCUCCCCUUAGAUAACUGGUGGUCUACUUUGCUGAACAGACUGCAUCUUGAAGAAUCAGCAUUUGGAGAGGCAUAGCAAAGAGUUAUACACAGUGACCUCCAAAAGUAUUGGGACAGAGACACAUUUGUGUUGCUCUCUACUCUAGCACUUUGGAUUUAACAUCAUACACUGACUGAGGUUAAAGUGCAGACUGACAGCUUUAAUUUGAGGGUAUUUUUAUCCAUAUCGGGUAUACCAUUUAGAAAUUACAGCACUUUUUGUACAUAGCCACCCCAUUUUAGGGGACCGAAGAUAUUGGGACAAAUUCACUUGUGUAUUAACCUUUCACUACUUUAAGUGUUUGAUCCCAUAUUCAGAGACCGCAAUGACCACUUCAAGCUUGUGACUCUCAAUUUGUUGGACGCAUUUGCAGUUUGAUUUGAUUGUGUUUCAGAUUAUUUUGUGCCCAAUAGAAAUGAACGGUAAAUAAUGUUUUGUGUCACUUUUAUUGUAAAGAAGAUUACAAUGUUUCUAAACACUUGUACAUUAAUGUGGAUGCUACCAUGAUUACAGAUAAUUCUGAAUGAAUUUGUGACUAAUGUUGAGUGAGAAAGUUAGACGCACACAUCAUUCCCCCAAGACCUUUCACCAUUACAAUAAAAGGGGAGGUUACACUGGGGGGCGGGAGGAUAUGAUAUUUUUGUGUCUAACUUUCUCACUCAUCAAUAUUCACGAUAAUGUAUAUGAUUGAAAAAAUCUGCUUCAACAGCAGGGGCUGGAACAAUCCUUCAAGAUCACACAGUGCCCAAAAUAGCUUGUAUUUAAUCAGUCUCAUACAUCAUACAUUUUGCUGCAAUGUUUGUGACUGAUAAGUUAUCCAAGGUUAACAUAACAGAUGUGUUUGUAUUUCUCGCAAGGUGAAAUAAGGUUGUCUCUCCACAUACAUUUUCUGCUCACUAGCAGAGGAAUACAUUUUUCAGUGUGACGUACCAAGUGUUGGAAAAGAUAGGGGUGAACUUUGUAUAUGCAACUGCAUUACAAUUAUCACUAUCUAUUUUGAAUAAACACACAACCAAUAACUUUGACUAUUUUAGUGUAAAAUGUUUAGGGGUAAAAUCAUUUGGCUGAGUGCCAGAUCUGGAAGUAGGCUACACUCUUAGAAAAAAAGGUGCCAUCUAGAACCUAAAAGGGUUCUUUGGCUGUCCCCAUAGGAUAACCCUUUAAAUAACACUUUUUGGUUCCAGGUAGAACUCUUCAGUUCCAUGUUGAACCCUUUACACAGAGGGUUCCACAUGAAACCCAAAAUAGUCCUACCUGGAACCAAAAAAGCGUUCUACCCUGAACCAAAAAGGGUUAUCCUAUGGGGACAGCCGAAGAACCCUUUUGGAACCCUUUUUUCUAAGAGUGUAGAAAAGCAUUAGCUUCAUGUCUAUUUACAAACUUUUUUAGUCUCACAGUCAGAUAAGGCAUGGUGCCCAGGCAAGCAAUUUUGUUCUUUGAACUUCAUGGGUAAUUUUGGUAAACCAAAGAAUGUGAUUUGUUAGAGAAAUUUCGAAUGUAACAUGAUGACCUCUGUUGCCUGUUGGGCAUUGUGUGUUGAUGGCUGACCACUCCCUGAUCCCCACUGACCUUGACACAGAACUCCCUCAUCUCCCAGCGUUUGGGCUUGCGGCUCUGGACCAGCUCUUCCAGCAGGGUCGGCUGGUCUGUCAGGAUCGACACCCCCAUCAGCCGGCUGUGGAGUGCCGUCAGCUGCCUCUCCAGCCGGUGCUCCUGAACAUACUGGAGAAACACCUCUGUCUCCCGUUUGGUGAACUCAGACUGGGCCCUGACGACCGCGCCCAGCUGGUAAUAGACCACGGCCAGAUCAUCCUCCAGCCGAUGGACCUCCUGGUCGGUCAGCAGGCCCGGCCCUGCAGCAGCCAGCUCCUGGUCUAUGUAGUCCAGGUUCUUCCUGGCCAGGUCUGUCUCUUCAGCUGAGGCACUGCCACCCAGGUAGGUACAGAUGCCCUCCACCAGGGUCCUCAUGGUCUGCAUGUAGCCCACCGGCUCCAGUACCUUGCCAAACAUUGCCAUCGCUACAACUAAAUGGUUUUGUUUACUAAAUAUCUGUUAAGUGUGAAAUAGCCGGCUGAUUCUGGUGCUGAGGAAUCAAGAGAAAUAGAUCUCAUUAUAGGCCAAUACGCCAGUGUAGUCAAUACAGAAAGCCAAAAUCUACCAACCAUAAUCUUCUGUAAAUACUUAUGCUAUUCAGAUUAACAUGUAAACUUGCGCAUACCAUUACUCACCAGUUGGAAUGUUUCUUUGUCAGGUCUGUGGUGACCUUCACUGUUUCCUCAGUAUUUAUACACUCUCCAGCAUAAUCAGCGAUCUGAUAAGGUUCCUCCACCUCCUAGCUCUAUUAAUCGUCCUCAUGCUAAAAAAAGGUUAUAAGGAAAGGAAGUGAGUUUAUUGCAAAUGAAUAGAUGGAUAGACAUUUUUUCAUGAAUGUUACAAAUGUUCAUAUUGAAGUGUGUUAUGAACUCUUGCCUUUAAAGUUUUUCUUCAUGAUGAUAUUGUCAGUCCACCACAGAAUUCUUAAAAAAUUAUCUUGCUCAUUUCUAAUUUUUCACUGUCUUUUUACUGUUGUUUUUAUUUCUUUACUUAUUGUUCACCUAAUACAAUUUUGCACUGUUGGUUAGAGCCUGUAACUAAGCAUUUCACUGUAAUGUCUACACCUGUUGUAUUCGGCGCACGUGACAAAUAAACUUUGAUUUGAUUUGA